UUUCUCCAAUGACAGCAGUUUUUUUUUUAUUAAAAACUUUAUUGAGAAUACAGUGUGAACAUUCUGUCAUCAAUCUGUUGCACGAUACUUUUUAAAUAAAGUUUGAUACGUUUCAAUUCGAUUUUAUCUUGUUUUAUACUUUCUGUACUGAUUUUAACUGUUUGUUUAGAUAUAGCGUUUGCCGAAAAGACACUUAGUUCAUGUGUGCCAUAUAAAUACUAUUGUGCUCACUCCCGUGGAAUUAUUUAAGAGACGAGUCAGCAUUGAUUGUCUAAAAUGCAUGUCUGUCAAAAGCACUGAGAUAAGGGGACAGUCUGCAGAAGCUUAGAAACAAGGGCUCCUUAUGAGAAACUUCAUUUAUCAACUGCACUGGAAGAUUGGGAUAUGAUGGAGGAACUUAAACUUACUAUAACUAUUGACCAGUAUUUUCCUGGAUCUGAUGAUAAAGCGGAGCGGUACACUCUGAGAAGGCAGCACAGUGUUGAUUCAUCUCCAAGUAGUUCUGAGGAUGGCGAGCUCCCAGAGUGUAACUUUCGCCCCAGUUUAUGGCUUCUUGUGAACCCCAAUGUGGUUAUGCCCUGUCCUGAAGGAACGCCCCGUGUUCCCCCUGAGCCCUCUGUAUCUCCCUGUGAGCUUCAGACACCAUCUUUAAUGGAUUACUCUACUUUGGAAGAGUCUGAGGAGGAGACCCCCACCUCUUACAGUGAGUACACAGAGGAGGAAGAAGUGGCCCUUCCGAAUCCAGCCCACCUACCCCACAAGAGAGUGAAGAGCCCGAGCAAGCGGGGACGAGCACAGCGUGGUGUAUCCCAGCUGAACUCUUGGCCUCGGCCCCCCAUUAAUUACUGCAACCUGAUCUCUCUGGCUUUGAGAAACAGUCAAGAAGGCAGUCUGAACGUGCAGCAAAUAUACAGCUUUGUCAGGGAACAUUUCCCAUUUUUUCGAGCUGCCCCAGAUGGCUGGAAAAACACUGUCCGUCAUAACCUUUGCUUCAGCAGUAGCUUUGAGAAGAGCUCAGGUUGGGUAUGUGCGGAUGGUCACAGGCGCUCUUGCUUGUGGAAGCUAACACGCCAGGGCCGUAGAAAGUUCCGAGCAGAGAUGCAGACACUGUCUGACGAAUUAGUGCGUGUGCUUAGGAGAAGCAUGAACAAACCAGGUAAGAGAUGUACAUUUUUGUUUUUUUUCCUUAAGGGGGAAAUUAAGAAUGUUUGUCCUAUGUAACAAGGUUAUGGGGAGCAGAAAAGGACUUUUAAGAAUGUAUUGUUACCCCAAGAAUGGGUUCUGUGAGGUAAAUAACAAUUUGAAGGGACAAUAGUUGUCAUGGGGGUGGGUUGUGAUCAUAAAGUUAUGCAUAAAAAUUCAGUAUUAAUUUAACCUUCUUUCUCCUCUCUCAGCACUGAUGGAGCUCAUGUUUGGUAUGUGAAGAUACUCAGACAACAUCCAUUUGCACUUAGCCCUGAUAACGAUCCUCCAGAUCUUUACUGAAGAGUUGUCAGGGUCACCCCUCCCUUCACUUAUGUCUUUGGAAGUGGUGUCACAAUAAAGCCCUAUUUUGUCACAUUGA